AACCAUAAGGCAUAAAAGAAGCAUUGAAUCAUUCAUUUAUUCAAACACAAUUAUUUUAUGUUCUUUUCUCUCUCUUUCUCUCUCACACACACUAUUAAUGGCUUCUCAACUCCCAAUGCUUCCACCCACCAAUGUUUUUUCUUUUUAAUCUCUUUACUCUUGCGUCCCUUUCGCCGCUUUCUAUGCAAAUCAAAAUCCACAUUAAAAAAAAUCAUUUUUUUAGCUGAAAAAAAUAAAAAUCAAAUUUUUAUCAUUCCAUUAAUAUAAAAUUUCCUUGUUCUACUAACUUCUUAGUGUGAACAUGCUUUCAUUCAUCUUUGAAUGGAAGGGAUAUUGAAAAUUCUCAACAGUGAAAAAAGCUGAAAAAAGUGAUUUUCUUCAACUCACUUUACUUUGUUUUUUUCUUCCUUCAUUCUCUUCAUUCUCACAUGGUUUUUGUCUAAUCCUUUUUCUUUUGUUUCUUUCUUCUCUUCUCUUUUUGUUUAUAUCCAUUGAGUUUUGGAUAUUUCCAUCUUCAGAAGAAACUUCUCCUCUUACCAGUUAUUGCUAAAGGUUAAACCUUUAUCAAAAUUCAUGAAGAAAAACCAUUCCUUUUGAAGUUCAUAGACAUGUUUCAUUCUAUGAUGAAUCUGUUGUUUUUCACACUUUUUACUACUUCAGUUACAAUUCAAGUGUUUUCUGUUGAUGAUCCUGUUUUCAAUGAUGAUAUAUUGGGCUUAAUUGUGUUUAAAGCUGGUUUACAAGACCCUAAUCACAAACUCUCUUCAUGGAAUGAUGAUGAUUACACACCAUGCAAUUGGGAAGGUGUGAAAUGUGAUUCUUCAAACAAUAGAGUCAAUUCUCUUGUUCUUGAUGGUUUCUCUCUUUCAGGACACAUUGAUAGAGGGUUAUUAAGAUUACAGUAUCUUCAAAUUUUAUCACUUUCUGGUAACAAUUUCACAGGUUUCAUAAACCCCGAUCUUCCAAAACUUGGAAGUUUAGAAGCUGUUGAUUUCAGUGAUAACAAUCUUCAAGGGUCAGUUCCUGAGGAGUUUUUCCAACAAUGUGGAUCUUUGAAAAAUGUUAACUUUGCUAAGAAUAAUCUCACAGGUAAUGUUCCUGAUUCUCUUAGUAGUUGCUCAUCUUUGACAAAUGUUAACUUUUCUUCUAAUCAAAUGUAUGGAAAAUUGCCAUCUGGGGUGUGGUUUUUGAGAGGUUUACAAUCAUUUGAUGUUUCAAAUAACUUGCUUGAGGGAGAGAUUGUUCUUGAGGGGAUUCAAAAUCUUUAUGGUUUGAGAGAAUUGAGUUUGAGGAAAAACCGAUUUAGCGGUCGAAUUCCCGAGGAGAUUGGUGGUUGCAUAGGUUUGAAAUCACUUGAUUUGAGUGGUAAUUUUCUCUCUGGUGGAAUUCCUCAAUCAAUGCAAAGACUCAAUUCAUGUAAUUCUAUCAGUUUGCAAGAAAACUCAUUCACUGGUAACAUUCCUGAUUGGAUUGGCGAGAUGAAAGGUCUCGAAAAUUUGGAUCUUUCUUCGAAUAGAUUUUCGGGUUGGAUUCCGAAGUCAUUAGGGAAACUAGAAAUGUUGCAAAGGUUGAAUUUUUCUAGGAAUCAGUUAACAGGAAACUUGCCCGAUUCGAUGAUAAACUGUACUAAUCUUUUGGCUUUCGAUAUCAGUCACAAUAAUUUAGAUGGUUAUCUUCCUUCGUGGAUUUUUACGAAGGGUAACUAUCACGGUCUCGAGGUUUUGGAUUUGUCUACCAAUGGAUUUUCUGGUGGAAUUCCGUCUGGUAUCGGCGGACUUCGUAGCCUGAAACUAUUGAAUAUGUCUUCGAACAGUUUCUACGGUUCCGUUCCGGUUGGUAUCGGUGAACUCAAAUCUUUAUACAUUGUUGAUUUGAGUGAUAAUAAACUUAAUGGAAGCAUUCCGUUUGAAAUCGAAGGUGCGGUUUUCCUUAAUGAGUUGAGGCUACAGAAGAAUUUCCUCGGUGGGAGGAUUCCAGAUCGAAUCGCGAAGUGUUCGGCUCUAACAUCUUUGGUUCUUUCUCACAACAAGCUUACUGGUUCAAUUCCUAAGGGCAUUGCCAACCUAACGAAUCUUCGGCAUGUAGAUUUGUCGUGGAACAAACUCUCUGGAAGUUUACCGAAGGAGUUAACGAAUCUUUCGAAUCUUUUAUCGUUUAAUGUAUCCUACAACCACCUUAAGGGUGAGUUACCGGUCGGCGGUUUCUUCAACACCAUCUCAUCCUCAUCUGUAACCGGGAACUUGCUGUGUGGUUCUGUUGUCAACCACUCCUGUCCAUCGGUUCAUCCCAAACCGAUUGUCUUGAAUCCGAAUUCCUCUGCUUCAAACUCCAGCAUUUCCUCGAAAUAUCACCGGCACAAGAUCAUACUCAGUAUUUCUGCUCUUAUUGCUAUUGGUGCAGCUGGUUUAAUUGCCGUUGGUGUUGUCGCUAUCACUUUCCUAAACAUGCGCGCCCGUUCUUCAAUGGAACGUUCGGCUGCUCCGUUUGCUUUCUCCGGUGGCGAUGACUAUAGCAACUCACCGGCAAAUGAUCCAAACUACGGGAAGCUUGUGAUGUUUUCCGGUGAUGCAGACUUUGCUGACGGAGCUCACAAUCUCCUUAAUAAAGACAGUGAAAUAGGCCGUGGUGGAUUCGGAGUUGUUUACCGCACGUUUCUACGAGACGGGCACGCUGUUGCGAUCAAAAAGCUUACAGUCUCGAGUUUGAUCAAGUCUCAAGAAGAAUUCGAGAAGGAAGUGAAAAGGUUCGGGAAGAUUCGGCACGAUAAUCUUCUAGCACUUGAAGGCUAUUACUGGACUUCGUCGCUGCAGCUCCUCAUCUACAAGUUCCAAUCAAGCGGUAGUCUGCAUAACCUUCUACACGGCGAUAAAACCAAAAACGUCUUAUCAUGGCGACAAAGGUUCAAGAUUAUACUCGGCAUGGCAAAAGGGCUAGCGCAUUUACACGAGUCGAACGUAAUCCACUAUAAUCUCAAAUCAACCAACGUCCUCUUCGACGUCUCAGACGAACCAAAGAUAGGCGACUUCGGCUUGGUGAAGCUCUUACCAAUGCUAGACCAUUGCGUAUUAAGCAGCAAAAUCCAAAGCGCGCUCGGAUACAUGGCUCCCGAGUUCGCUUGCCGCACGGUUAAGAUAACCGAGAAAUGCGACGUGUACGGAUUCGGAAUCCUUAUUUUGGAGAUAGUAACAGGUAAAAAGCCUGUGGAGUACAUGGAAGAUGAUGUGGUGGUUCUAUGUGACAUGGUUAGAGGUGCAUUGGAAGAAGGAAAAGUUGAAGAAUGUGUUGAUGAAAAGCUUUUAGGCAAUUUUGCUGCAGAAGAAGCGAUUCCUGUGGUAAAACUGGGAUUGAUUUGUGCAUCACAAGUUCCAUCAAAUAGGCCUGAUAUGAGUGAGGUUAUAAACAUAUUAGAGUUGAUUCAGUGCCCUUCAGAAGGACAAGAGGAGUUAUUAGAAUGAAUUUUGAGAGAAAACAAACAAACACAGCACAUAGUAGUGGAAGAAGUAUCUGGUGAAGUAGAAUCCAGUUUGAAAAAAAGUGAUUAUACAUUCAAUUAAGUCAAUUUUCAUUUUUAAGUUGUUGAAUCUUUUUUUGUUUAUCUCAUGUUGUAUUACUGGAUUUUUCUUCACCAGUUAGAGUGCUGGUAUAAUAAUAUUAUAUUUUAAUCAUA